CUAGGGGGAAGGGGAACUGGGGGACUUUUAACUUUUAUUCCAUAUCGAAUUAUCACAUCAAAUAUCCAGAAUACAAAUUGCCUCAGCUCUCCUUGCCGUGAUGAUAACAGACGUGGUGAAAUUAUAAAUGUAAAGGCUUAGGUGGAGAAAAGCAGGGAUAGAAUUGGAACCCAAAGCCCAGAAUGGCAGGAGAGGAUGUGGGGGCUCCACCCGAUCACCUCUGGGUUCACCAAGAGGGUAUCUACCGCGAUGAAUACCAGCGCACGUGGGUUGCUGUCGUGGAAGAGGAGACGAGUUUCCUAAGGGCGCGAGUCCAGCAAGUUCAGGUCCCCUUAGGUGACGCAGCUAGGCCAAGUCACCUCCUGACCUCCCAGCUACCUCUCAUGUGGCAACUCUACCCUGAGGAGCGCUACAUGGAUAACAACUCUCGCUUGUGGCAGAUACAGCAUCAUUUAAUGGUCAGGGGAGUACAGGAGCUGUUGCUUAAGCUUUUGCCUGAUGAUUAACCUGGUGCUGGGAUUCUAGGAAGAUAUGCUCCUUUGUUCUGUUCAGUAUAUGGCAAUCACUUCAUCCACCACUGCAGUGCACCCACCCUUGGGCCUGGGGGAGGGAGUGGGUUGAAAAACUGUUCAAGAAAGUUUAGGAAG